GCGGCUAUCAUUUCUGAGCUGACAUCGAAAGGAGAAGCAAGCAAGAUGAUGACUCCUCCGUGGAUUCUCGGAGUGUUUGUCACUUUGGCGGCAAUGUAUUUGACAGAAGCAAGCCCAAACCUUUUCGUUGCCUCGCCGAAUCUGCUGAGGGUGAAUUCUGAUGAGGAUGUUUGGGUUACGCUGCAUCACACCCAGAACAGCCCGGUAACAGUCAAGGUCUACCUGGAAAACUAUCCCGAUAGGGGGCAAAGAUUCUCCGCGAGAACAGUCACCAUCGGGAAAGAUGAGAGUAAGAAGGUGACCAUGCGAGUGGGCUGGGGGGACAUCCCUCAAGUAUCACAGCAGACCUAUGUCUACCUGGUGGUCGAAUGUCAAGCCCUCGUCUUCAGGAAAGAAUCGGUCAUCUUACUCUCCAAAGAGUCAGGCUACCUCUUCCUGCAAACUGACAAGCCUCUCUACAAUCCACAUGAAACGGUCAACAUCCGUGUUGUGUCUCUUGACUCUGAGAUGAAGCCUUCGAACCAUGAGAUUACUCUUGAUGUUAUUAAUCCAAACGGAGACGUUCUCAAGAGGUUCAACAAGAAGCGAGCAACUAAUGGCUUUGUGCAAGAAGAAUUCGACCUUCCGAAAAUCUUGGUCUAUGGAAACUGGACGCUUCAAGCAAGUUACAAGGAUACCUUACAGCCUGGGGUCAAAAAUACUUCAAUCGAAUUCGAAGUGAAGGAAUAUGUGCUCCCAACGUUCUCGACCCAAGUGAAAAUCAUCGACGACUACAUCCUAGAAUCACAGCCUGAAAUCCAAUACAGGAUCACAACAGAAUAUGUUUUCGGUACUGCCGUCACGGGGCGUGGCACGGUGUAUUACUACUUGCUUUCCCCUGAUGGCAUUGAGCUCCAGAUAGGAUACAAAGAAUUCGACAUCACAGGCGUUCAUAUCGGAGCAAUUACGAAAGAUGUAUUUGGGGAUAAAUGGUUUCCGCCGGAGAAUACCCGCCUCCUCCUUAGAGUGAAUGUGAGAGAGGGAGCUACUGGGAAGCAAGAGAGUUCCAGCGACUCAUCAGCUGUCUUCGUGAAAAGUCCCUUUGUCGUCUCAUACGAGAGGAUGCCUAAGUUUUAUAGACCUGGUUUGCCUUUCUCUAUCGAGUUUGACCUGACCUACCCCAACAAAUUGGUGGCGGCUGGUAUCCCCAUCAGCAUAAAGGCCCUGGUCACUACUCCAGGAGGCGGACAGCAGGGAGCUCAUGCCAAUCAAAUAGCAACGAAGAACUACACAACUGACCAGAGUGGAAGGCAGCAGGUGACCUUAGAUAUACCUAGUACUGCAUCCAGUUUGAUAAUCACAGUGAGCACACGCGACGCUGGUCUUGCGGCCAAACACCAAGCUAACAAACCAAUCACUCUCGAGCCACACGUGAGUGGUAGCAAUAAAUUCAUGGUGCUCCAGGUGCUGACUUCUGGUGCAGAGGUCAAGAUCAACCGGAAUCUACAGAUCAGGGCCGAUUUUACUGAGAGUGGAGCCAAGAAGGUCAACUUUAUGGUUGUCGCCCGGGGAAAGAUUCUGCAGCAUUUCACGAAUCUGGUGAACGACAGGCAAACUCACGAAAACAUCCUGAUCAGCCCCCUUAUGUCCCCGCAAGCCCGGGUGAUAGCCUACUACGUCAGCGGCCGUGAGAUCAUCAGUGACUCAUUGGUUCUGGAAAUUGUUAAAUCAUGUGGAAAUGAGCUUACCAUCACAACAGAGAAAAACCAUCGAGAAUAUUUACCAAAAGAUAAUGUGAAGCUUACCAUCGCCGCCGGCAAGAGGUCAACAGUCUCGGUGUUGGGGGUGGACAAGGCUGUCUAUCUGCUCAGUGAGAAGGAUAUCCUAACCAGGAGUAAGAUGUUUAAGAAGAUGUUAGAGAUGGACAUAGGGUGUGGUCCUGGUGGGGGCAAGGACGCGUCUGAUGUUUUCAAGCAAGCUGGACUAAGCGUACUAGCAAAGACAGGCGUUAUUGCCAUCCCAAGAAGGAGCACAGAGGGAUGUCCACAAAACAAGUUCAGGAGGAGGAGAGAUGUCAUGGCGACGUAUUCAGAUAUCAUCGCUCGUCUGAGCGAUCAGGAUAAGGUAUGCUGCAAUCAGGGAGUGAGCGACAGUGUCGAUGCUGUAAGGACAUGCCGGGAGCUCACUCGUGAUUACGGAUCGACACGACGGUCCUGCUCUCAGGCGUAUUUACAGUGCUGUGAGGCUGAGAAACGCAGAGUGGCAGGUGGCCGUGGGAGGUCAGGCGCCAAUGAUGACCAGCUCCUUCAAGGAUCAUUUGAGAAUGUAGAGGUUGAUAUAAGGAAAGACUUCCAAGAAACAUGGAUCAACGAACUUCUGACUCUUGGACCAAAUAAAGCAAGCACCGUCCUGACUCGGAGACUCCCCGAUUCGAUCACCACGUGGGUGAUCUCUGGGGUGAGCGUGUCGCCAGACCAGGGCAUGUGCGUGGCAGUACCGACCAACAUCACCAGCAGGAAGAAAUUCUUCGUCCACGUUGAUCUACCGUACGCUGCAGUCAGGACAGAACAGCUCGAGGUCAAGGCAACCGUUUAUAACCUGGGCAACCGUAACGUAAGGGUCCACGUGAGCUUGAAGGCAGAUGACAGUAUCUGUUAUGCAGCAGAGCGGGAAAAAUACACCUACCGACAAGAGGUUACCGUGGAAGCGAAAUCGGCCAAGUCGGUCACUUUCCCUAUUGUACCGCUGAAGGCCAAGGACCUACCAUCAGAGAUAAGCGUUAAAGCUCUGAGUAAUCUUGAUGGUGAUGAAGUCAUCAAGAAUAUCCGAGUGGUUAAUGAAGGUGUGAAAAAAUACAAAACCGAGUCCAUCCGCCUCGAUCCUCAAGGUAUCAUGGGUGAUGCUGGCAGUGGAGCAGCCAACUUGGAAGUCACUAUCGACAAAAAAGCAAAGCGUCAAACCGUGAAGAUUCCUCUCACGUUUCCAGUAGAUACCAUCCCAAAAACCGAGAAGUGCUCAGUCAGUAUUCAUGGUAAUUUACUCGGUCCAAUGGUCCCUUCUGGAAACUUUGACAUAUCGAAGAGAUUCAAACUACCAACGGGCUGUGGAGAACAGAAUGUUAUCACAAUGGGCCCACUCGUUUACUCCACCAAGUACCUGCUACGGAUCGGCAAACUAACUGGCAAACUGGAAGCAAAUGCAUAUGACUUCAUCACAAAGGGAUACGAAAGCCAGCUUGCUUAUAAGAAGAAGGAUGGUUCGUUUGCAGCUUGGACAUACUACCCCUCAAGCUCAUGGUUGACUGCCUUUGUCACCAAAGUGUUCUGCCAGGCCAGCACCUUUGACCAGAUUGGCGAGAAAGUACGAGAGCACGUGAUCGACGCCGUGAACUGGCUCUUCAAGAAUGCGCAGGACGGCAGAAGCGGGAAGUUCUUCGAAACUCAUGUUGUCGUCCACAAAGAAAUGCUGGGCAAAUCUCUAAUGAACGACGUGACGCUGACGUCCUUCAUUGUGGAAUGCAUCUACAGUUGCAAGGAUGUGAUCGACCUAUCGUCCAGAGAGUUCGCCAGUCCAAUGCGUAAGGCAGUCCAGUAUCUUGAGCGAAACCGCCAGAGCGGGCAAGUGCUGGGUAACCGAUACGGCCAAGCGAUCCUCACUUAUGCCUUGACCCUGGCAAACAGCCAGCACAAGUUUGAGGAAAACCAACUUCUAUGGGCUAUGUCGAAUUUUGACCCAGUAACUGGUAUGCGAUACUGGAACCUUGACGGGCGUCAACCGGACAAUCACAACGAGCCCACAUGGUACACCAAGAACGCACCAGCCGCCGCCAUUGAAACCGCCUCCUAUGCCAUUCUCGCCCUACUCGCAAGCGGCCAGGAGAGUAACUUCACCAACAGUGGACAGAUAGUAUCCUGGCUUAUUCGGCAGAGAACGAAGAGUGGAAGUUUCUCGUCCACAACCGAUACUGUCCUAGGUUUAGAGGCCCUUUCGGAAUACGCCUUCAGAGCCAGCUCCAGAAGUAUACUGAAGAUGAACAUACGAUUUUACGCUGGUGGAACUUCCUUCGGCGUGUACGACAACUUGGUCCUGAAUGAGACAAAUAGCCUGAUUCCAAUACUUAUUGAGAAUAAUCUUCCUAUUGGUGACAAACUUAACGUAGAAGCGACAGGUACAGGGUUGGCCCAGCUUCAGGUUGAGUGUACUUACCAUGCUCCCGCGAAGGAUGACAAGGGCUGCCCUUUCACGUUAGAGGUUGACAGCACGGAAUACAAGGCCACGGCUGCUGACCUUGGUCCACUGGAUGCCGUGCCUGCUCAGAAUCUCCCUGAUAGGUCGAGGUUCGGCGGGUUUCGGUUCAAGAGAGCUGAUGAUGGGGGAACAAGCAGUUUCGUGGUGAGGAUACAGUCACGAAUAAGGUUUAACGGCGGCCAGAAGGUGGGGAUGUCAAUGCUUGAAGUCUCCCUGUUCACUGGAUUCAAACCGUAUCUGCCAGAUUUGGAGAAGUUGAAAAAGGAUGGUAAGAUUGACCAGUUCGAGACAACGGGAUCUUCGGUGCUGUUUUACUUAAAAGAGAUUUCUAGUAUUGUGGACACCUUCGUGACGUUCCGAGCGACCCAGAAGUAUAAAGUUGGCAAGACCCAGCCCGUGGCCGUCAAGGUGUAUGACUACUACGAGCCCAACACCCGACAAUGUACCAAGUUCUACCACCCUCAUGCCAGGAGUGCCCUGCUGGCUCAGUCCUGUGAUAAUUCGCAGGGGAGGGAGGUCUGUGCGUGCGUAGCAGGAACAUGUGCUGAAUAUUUUGGUUUUGACAGAGCUCAUCUGCCGAGAGGUUUGAGAUUCAGGAUUAAGAACAGGAACAUAUUAUACCAAGAUGCAUGCACCAUUUACAACUACGUUGUGAAAGUAAAAGCAGGGCAGAAAUUCAUCAACAAACCUCUGGUGGAAAUGCAGGCAGAGAUUCAAAAUGUUAUCAAGCUUGGAAGUGACAAUAUCGACACUGGUGAGACGAUUCACUUCGUUUGGAACUCUGAAUGUGUGUAUCCGCUGAUGGAGGAUGGUGUAUCGUACCUGGUGAUGGGAAUGGACGGAAAACAAUACGUGGAUAAGAAUGGCAGAGCACAGACUAAAUACAUUCUGGAUUCGUCAAGCCAUGUGGUGGAAUGGUAUGGACAGGAUAAGAGAAAAUACAUGGAGGCCUUAAAUGCCUUCGCUGGCAAGCUUUUGCGCCAAGGCUGUCCUUAACUGUGACCUUAUUCGCCUUAUCCAAUUUUGCCUUCUCCCAUUUAGCCUUCUCCUAACUUGCCUUUUCUCAAUUCGCCUUCUACGAUUUCGCCAUCGUCUUAUCUCGCCUUUGUUCCAAUUGGCCUUCUUCCUAACUCGCCUUCCUCUCAUCUUGCCUUAUACUAGUUUACCUUUUCUUAUUUCGCCUUUGUCCUAUUCUGCCUUGGUUCCAUCCUGCCUUAUCUCAUCUUGCCUUUUCUUGAUUGACCUUUGUGUCAAUUCGCCUUCUUCCCAUUUUGCCUUCUCCCGUUUCGCCAUAUCUCACUUCGCCUUUUAUCAAUCAGCCUUCGUUAAGCAAGGGGUCUAUUAUUCGCAGGGGGGGGGGGGCAGUGUUUUGAGUAGUUUAAUGAUUUUGUUCAAAAAAACUUUGGGACUUGUAUUAUCUCAUGCUAAGUUAUAGCAUUGCUGAGAAUGAAGAACAUCAAACAUACCAAAACCAUCCAAAGGGAACACUGCGUGGGACGUUCUUGAGAGCUAACUCAUUCUGUGAGAAGGCCUCAUAAUUCCCCAAUGAUCAAAGGAAUACAUCUUCCAGAUUGCUGGAUUUGAGUAGGCCUAUUGACCAUAGUCCAUAAUAAAGAACUUCAGAAGCACUCACACUUUGAAUGAUCAAUAAAAUACUUAGCACCCCCAUCCCUCCUAUAUAGUACCAGGUCACAAGUCUUACUCAUCAAAGAAUGCCAAAACACUAUGCCAAAAUAUUUCCAUGAAAGACUUGGAAAACUCUAAGAUUUGACAAACAUGGGUAAAUAUACUAAGUUGGUUUUGGAGAUACAUGUAAGUUUACAUGUGGAUGGUUCAGAAGUUAUGAAGAUUUGAAAAUAUUGGUAAUUAAGCAGCAGCCUUGGGUAGGGUACCAAAACAUAAUUCGUGGAAACACUCUUAUAUGAAAGAUUGGCCCCACAAACAUGGGUAAAAGAGACAAAAGUCUUUUGUAAUAUGGUAUGUAAUGUAAUAUGACUAUAAUGGCUGAGAAGUUAUCUACACUUGUAAUUUUGGCAAUGUCCACCAGGUUUUGGUUGGGGGUACCCCCGAAUGGACCCUAGAAGCCCUUCAACACUGUUGAAGACACUUUCAUAUGAAAGAUUGACUCAACAAACAUGGGUAAAGACACCAAGUUUGUUGCAAAGUAGGAAGAAGGCGAAUGGGAAGAAGGCGAAAUAAUACAAAGGCGGGGCGGGUUAAGGCGAGAUAGGAUGAAGGCGAAUCGGGACAAAGGUAAAUUAGGACAAGGUGAAAUAGGAGAAGGCAGAUUAAGACAAUGGCAAACUGAGACGAAGGCAAGAAUGGAUAAGGCAACUUGUGAUAAGGCAAGAUAAAACAGAGGCAAAAUAGCAUAAGGCGAAAAAUGAAAAGGCGAAAAAAGACAAAGGCGAGAUAGAAUAAGGCGGAUUGGGAAGAGGCAAAAUUGGAAAAGGCGAAAUAGGAGAAGGCGAAAUGUAUAUUUUUUAAAGGCAAAAUGGGAAAAGGCGAAAAAAGACAAGGCGAAAUGGGCAUUUGUACAUGCAUCUAAUAAUACCCUUGAAAAGCUCAAUCCGUGUGACGAAGGACGCUAAGAAUCCGUGUGGCUACGAAUGACACUAAAAUUCCGUGUGACGAAGGACGCUAAGAAUCAAACAAGUAACAAUCGUAGAUGCUCAGUUGUUCAUCAUGAUUAUAACUGUAACAGUUCAGAAAACUGCUGCUUGGUCUUUGGAAAAGACAAGUAACUGUGUGAUGUCAUACAUGCUCAACCUCAAUGCUGUAUUUUAUGCCUGCUACAAAUUUUGCAUUAUGAUUAUGUCCUGUAAAGAGCCGAUGAUGAUUUCUCAACCCAACCACUUGCACAAUCUCUUACACUUCCUAUCCCCAGAUGAUGCAGUGGUUGGCUACAUUUUCUGGUGGGCAUCUUAUCUGUCUGCAGAAUUUUACAAUUAGCCUAUAUUUUUUCCACUUCAUGUCCAUGAUUGUGCAGCUGGCAAACACGAAAAGAGACAGUCAUAUUUUCUUGACGUGAUUGCCGUAGAAGAAUCUGUAUGAUACUCGAGAUUAUUGUGAUAUACAAGUAAUAAAAUGCUUUUAUCUCUGUCUUA